AGCACUAUGCAUAUGUACCUACACGUAUGUAUGUAGUACUCUUUUCCGCCUCCAGUUUACCAGGCAGAGUAUUUUACGAAGAAUCAUGGCGUCCAUUAUUAAAGACACUGGUGAAAUUUGGAGUCGACUUUUUGAUCAUCGACCGUUCAUUCAAGGUGAAAUCACAUUCUUUCUGCGAGAGUUUCAGGAAAAGAGAGGAGAUAGAGAAGUGGAACGUCUUUUCAAAAUACUCGAAUACUCGACUGAACUAAAGGAAAAUCAAUUGGAUCGUACAGAACAACUAGGAGAUUGCCAUUUGCCUAGUUUAAAAGCAAAUGUUGAUGUAGCACUGAGCAUGUGUGAAAGAGUACUUCAGAGAGAACAAGAUUUUGAUAUUGAUAAAACAUUGGAAGACAACAGAAAAAUCAGGAAAUUAGAAUGGGAGAAAUUUGUCAAUGAUAUGAGCGAGAAGUGUGAGAAAGUAAAUCAAACUUUUGAGGAAAAGGAAGAUGAAAUAAAAGAAUAUUACACUGAUCUGGAAAAAAAAUUGCAUAUCGCAUAAUAAAUUCUUUCUUUGUUA